AUGGAAGACUUUCACCCGACAGAAUGUCAGUUGUGGGAACUGGUCAACAGCGAGACGAUUGACAAUCUCUACCGCACGGCCACCGUCCGCUGUGGAUGUGGUGAGCUGGACAACGACUCCAGGACCAUUUUCUCCCGGAUAGCUCUUCCAUUGAUUCUAGCGCUUGGCACGUUAGCGCUACGCACGACCCUGGAUGGCGAUCGGGAGGACUAUGCCGAUGUGCGGCCGACCGAGAAGACAGAUGGGAAUGAAAGCAGGGGCAAGGAACGGAUGUAUUGGCUGGAUUAUGCUCGAAUUGCAUGUGUUUUCUGUGUGGUGAGCGAGCAUUCUGGUGGCAGAAUCUUUUCAGAUAGAAAUCUUCUGUGGGUACAACAGUGGGUUGUUCCCUUCCUCUACGUGGUCAGUGGUAUUUCAUUUAUGCUGUCCAAAUCUAGACUUUGGAAGUAUGAGCUGCGUCUUUUUGUUGUUCUGGCAGUUGGGACGCUGGCCAAUGCUAUCGGUGACUUGGUUCACGGCAACGACAUUAUGAAGAAUCCUUUCUACACUGUCUAUCAGAUGGCCUAUGUCGCAGUGAUCAUGAUCGUCAGUUUGCUGGUAGCACCUAUCAAGGAGGCUUUGCAAUGGAGAGCAAGAAAUCCCCGUGCACCUGCGACCUGGCCUCUAAGAGUCUCAGCAGUGGUGUAUGGUUUGGUUACAGCUCUUGCACUUACUUUCUUUGUUGGAGGCUGGAGCCUCCGCGGCGGUGAUGACUCGAGGUUUCAGAACUUGGGCGGUGGUGGAGCAGACGCCCUCUUGGAGGCGCCACUCUUCAUCUCGCGGAGCUUUGGGCUCUUCUUUCUGGUGUCACUGACAGCUUGCUGGGGCUACUGCAGCUCGGCAGGUUGGAUCCUGAUGAUAAUCAGCUACGCUGGACAUGUGCUGAUACCCUACCAGAAGGGUGGCCAUCCAUUAGGUCCAGAUCUCUUUUUGAUCGGCAUGGUGUCCCACCAGUGGCCACUGAAGCACAAGGCACAAGUGGGAAGAUGGCUCCGGUGCUAUUGGCCACCUCUUGUGCCAGCUUUUCUCUUGAACAGCAUGGCGUAUGUGAGUGGCCGCUGCGAUCUUCAUCCACUGAAUACCACUUGGGAGCGCUUUCGCUUCCGCUUCAACGAGUCAGUCUUGCUCACAGCCUUGCUUUGCGGAGCCUUCGCAGCAGACGAUCCCUACAAGGCUACUCCUUGGUUGAAUCUAUGGGCCCUGUACGCCUACUGCUUCCACGUCUGUUGGGCGCGGAUGCUGCCGACCCCCUAUGGUGCUGUGCUGACCUACUUCAGCCUUCCCCUCUUCUAUCUUCUGCACAAGCUGCGGAGGCGCCGAAGAGAUGCACAUGAGGAGCCUGCGACGCCCGAGUCGCACGAUGAGGCGUCUGAGCAACUGGGCCCUGCUGCUGCAGCAGCAGCCUCCAUCCGCUCGGGCGUGAAGGAAGUGAAGAAAUCGGUGAAGGAGAACCUGGGCAAUGUGACGGCCACUGCGGCCAGCUUCUCAGCAGAAACCCACCAGCUGCAGGGUGUCAAUGGCGCCCCUGCGCGGGAGGUGACUGAGGUGGCCUUCCUGGCGGAAGGUGCUUUCGGUGCGGUCAUGAAGGUCUCCUGCAACAGGACAGGAGAGAAGUUUGCACUGAAGAAAAUUAGCUGCAUGGAGGGUGUUCAGGUGGCCAGCAGUUUUGAAGCUGCUGAGCGAGAAGCCAAGGUGCAUGGUUCAAGCCUUUGGUCAGGGAGUUCUUUGGUCGACAGCAGCUGGAGCUAG